AUGGAUCCGAAGACUGUGGUGUAUGAAUCGUCAGACGACGAGGAAUACUCAUACGGCUGGGACGAUUUCAAGAUCCAAGUAGCAUCGUUGGACCACUUCGAGUCUCCAACUCGACCAUUGACAAAAGCCCUCAAAGAAAAACUUGCUAUUUCGCAGGAGAUAACGCCUCGAGCGCCUAAGGUGGAUAUGCAUUCACGAAGGCGGGUGUUGCAUGAUAAGGAGUUGCGUGAGAUUGACGAAGUAGCUCGAAGACCGAUCGAGUCGGACAGCGAUUCCGGGUCGCAACCGUCGACCGAGCAGUCUUUGUUCUCGAGUCGCACGACCUCGAUGUCAUCCGUCGAAUCCACGGGCCUUAAGCGCGCGCCAGACUGGUCGCUGCCUCCCCCACCAGCUGUCAAACGCAAAUUUGCACCAACCACACCAACUGUGAAUCUGCCGCAAGUCGGAAAAAACCGAAAACACUGUUCUCCUGAGUUCGGUGUCGAGUUGAAUAUCAAGCACAUCGCCCAUUGCGAAAAGGCUCAGGUAGUCCUCGAUCGACAUGAACUCGCUUGGGGAACGAUUUUUGAACUGGCACGAGGCGUCACUCGCAACAUGUGGACGUUCGAGGAUAUGACGGAGCAUCGUCUGCAAAAGCUCAAGGGUUCAAAUGCUCAAUCUGCCUGGAAAGUUGCCGCCGUCAUGAAAGACAAAGUACCGUCUGCGAUAGGAGCGCCAUCAGAACUUUGGGUCGAAUACGAUCGGGAGCAGCUCGCGAUUGUCGAAAACAAAGGUCGCGGUUUGGGAACUAUGGGACAGUGGGAAGGAAAGGACAAUUGGUACGGAGGGAAGAUUCAACAAGUUGCCCGCGUCGUGAAAGCUGGAGCAUCGUUUCGCUUCGAACUCGAGAAACCAGAGAUCCGGAGAUCCCAUCGAUUCGCUCGGUUCUUGGGGUCUCGGCGCAUCCUCCAAGUCCGCGUACCAGACAACCUUACAUACGAUAAAGUCGGCUCGGCACUUCGAGAAUUCCUAAUUUCCAGUAAAUUCGUGCUGUGCGGCCGCGUCUUUGUGCCCUUCCAUGCAAAAGAAGGGAGUAUGUACCUUCUAGAAACGAGCGAGAAUAUUGAUCGUCAGUCAACCUUUAACGACGGGGACAGUCACCGAUUGACACUUUACAACUUCGUGAAGUGGCACAACCCUCUGAGGUUGAAUUCGACGCAGCCCAUCAGCAAGUGGUCUACACGAUGGGCGCUCGGCCUAUCAACGUCGGUACCAACAAUCGAAUUUUCUCCAGAAAACAUUAUCUUCAUUUGUGACCAACAUGCUGUGGGAUGGGGCGAGGGAAAGCCUCCAGCCGAAAAAAUCAUGACUGAUGGGUGUGGUUUUAUCAGUGGGGCGGCCUUAACGGCCAUUAUGCGAGUGAUGAAGUAUUCGAGUCGACCGACCGCCGUACAGGGGCGCAUUGCUGGCGCCAAGGGAAUGUGGGUUCUCCACCCAGAUCCUGCGCAUCAACUCGCCGAUGGACCACCCAUGAUUUGGAUCCGCGACUCUCAAAACAAAAUAAAUCUUGGCUCCCUACACGAAGUUGACAAAGCGCACAGGAUUUUUGACCUUCUCGCGCCAUCCAGGGUAACCGGGCCAAGCCGUCUGUCCAGCCAGACGCUUGUCAACUUGGCGCAUGGCCGUGUUCCCUUGCCCGUUCUGAAGGAGCUCAUGGCGGAUGGGCUUCACGAGGAAGUCCAGCAGCUGACAGAAUGGACAGGCCCUGAUUCCAUGCUUAUGGUCUGGCGGGCUGUGGAGCAAGCCGGUCGUGUGGUGACGUCGAGGCUGCGGCGGCGCAUUGCUGGGCAGGCACGAGCACUCGGCCUUGGCCAACUCCGGCCCAACGAUGAGCUAGCUGAAAUUGAUGACAACGAUGACGCCGCAGUGAACCAAGCUGUGGGUGCCCCGGUUCACCAGGGUCGCAAUCCUCACAGCGGUGAACCACUAACUCUACAUGAAUCUGUCCUGGAACUGCUCCAAGCCGGUUUUCAUCCCCUUAAGCUUGACCGGCUUUUUUAUAAACUCGAGUACGUCGUGACCCUCGUCCUUGACGAGUACAUCGAAAAGUUCCAUAUUCCGGUCAAGGAGUCUCUGGAGGCAUACAUCAUACCGGAUCCAUAUGGGGUCCUCGAGGAGGGCCAAAUCCAUUUUCGCUCGUCGGACCUCAUCACCGACCCCGAAAGCGGAACCCAGAUGGAUAUCGUGACCGGGUCUGUUUUGGUGUGGAGGAAUCCUACGAGACUACCCUCAGAUGUCCAGAAGGUCACCGCCGUCAGCCAUCCCAAAUUGGCUAAUUACUUUGAUGUCAUCAUAUUCCCUGUGAAGGGGGAGCGCUCACUGGCAAGCUACUUGGGUGGUGGAGAUUAUGAUGGAGACACGGUCACGUUGGUAUGGUCCAAACGCCUUGUCGAAAACUUUCACACCACUCCGCUGUGUACGGCGCCUGCAGGUUUGAGUAACGACUUCGAGCGAGAAGUCGAACAUGUUGUGGACUUCGACCGACGAGUAUCCAAGCUCUCUGCAAAGGAAGCUCAAACUGCCUUCCAGAAGGUUCUCCUUCUUGGACUCGCGGAGACAAAGAUCGGAUUAUAUUCGAAGUUCCAUGACCUCGCCGUGUAUGAACGUGGCUAUGCGAGUGCUGCCGCCAUUCGUCUGGCAUACAUGUUUACUACCUGCCUCGAUGCGAGCAAGACGGGGCUGCGGGUCAAAGCCCAUGUCUUUGACCAAGACCGCAAAUCAUGUGGGAACCGCAAGCCCUAUUAUAUGGUCGCUCUCGAACAGAGCACUGAGGGCCAAGAAGUAUCAACGCGCAAGGGCUCAACUCCGUACAUUCUCGAUGCCCUUGUUGAUGAGGGCCGUCGCCUCCGCGACAACUUUCUCAAGCAAUACUCCGACCUCCGCAAUUCUUCUACCAAUACGGAGGACCAGGACCUCACUUCCCCUUACAUGUCUGCGACUCGCAGGGCAACGCAAGCUUCGCACGCCGGUUUGCAGAUUCUGCGAGACAACUUACGUGUCAUAGAGGUCCAUGUCCAAAGGGCAUAUAAGGACUGGCAGCUCGCUGUUGCUCUCCAGAAGAAUGUCCCAAAAGUGAAAGGGGCUCCGGAUCCCAAGGCACAAGAGAUCCAAAAAUCAGUACAAUCCUUUGCACGGCGGCCGGAGGUACUGUUUUUUUCGGGCGAGGAACUAAAGAUCAUCAUGGCAUCUUAUGCAUACAAACUGAGUGGUGCAUUCGGCUUUUCGGUUGCUUUUGCAGAACUCUGCGCCAUCAAGGCGCGAGUUCAAGGUGCUGUACUUUUCGCACAUAGAUUUUCAGACGUGAUGUGUAUCCCUAACAAUAUCCUGCGAGCCAUUUCACAGGCGCAGGAUGACGCAGAUGAUUGAAUGUUGCAUAUUUUGUCGGUCAUAUAGCACAUCUUGAUUCUACCAGUUGUUUCAAUCUCUUGUUCAAGUUGCUCUCGAUCUUGCACGCAUUAGCUUAUCUACUGUACUACGUAACAACAAUUGACACGUCUUGAUUUCCCCCAGAGCGAUUUCGAGUAUUCCCUCGAAGCACAACGAAGGGCAUUUACUGCGAUUCGGCGAAGCUGAGACAUUCAAAAUCGAUAUUUCCGUCCGCAUUUCGGCUCUCCUCUAAAUUUCUUCACGACAUUAGCCCACACGAGACUCAUCUUCUGCUUACAACUAAGCGUUCCGUGGUUAGGUACGUGCAAUCGCUCUGGAAAAUAGCUGAUAUUGACGAACAUAUAUUUUUAGUACAUAACAGGGG